AUGCUGAUGCAGCUAUGCAUUGAAAAUAUGUCUGGGUCUGGAAGGUUGGAACUUGUUACGCUAACUUUGGACUCUAAGUAAAAAAACUGUAUUUUUGCAUGACCAGCAAGAGGAGUCCAGUUUGUGCUACGCGAGGAGGACAUUUGUCAUGCGGAAAAGGCAUUAGGAAGGCCUCUAAAAAUAUGUGAUGCUAGAUCAUGCAUUACAGAGAUCCUGACUCCUGCAAAAUAUUAUGCAUGACAAACCUGGCAAGAACCUUCGAGACCCAGACAUAUUUGCAUUUGAUAGCAGCUCUUGAGUCAACCUCCUACAACGCGACGGAGCACUUCCGCCCAGAGGUGCUCGAUGUCGGCCGCGACGAGAAUGGAAAUGUCUUGUUUACGUCCGCGGUGCGCGACGCGUGCGCGUUUGUUGCGGCCAAGCAGAAGAACAAUAAAGGGCCCGUAUCCUGAUUAAAAACGUCCCCACACCAGAGUCAAGAUCAUGGGAACUCUGCUAGACAAAUCAGCCAGCUUUGGUUGUUUCGCAUGACAAUUCUGUCCUCGUAGUGUAGUCCUGUUUUGCUAGUUCAGCAGCAUCACAGAUUCUAGCAGCGUCACAGAUCUAGCGAAAAUGCUUCUCGUAGGGCUCCGCAUGGGAAACUUUUUUGGCAUGCAAAAUUGCAUGACACUUCUGGGGUGGGGACGCUUUUACAAACAAUAGGCCGGCCAAUUAUUACGCAAAGUCUUCCAAAAGACAGCUUCGUACGUGGGUGGGCGCACUCCGGUGUGCCCCGAGCUGGAGAUGUGACGGGAGGAACUGCUACGCGGGGCCUGAGAGAUUCUUUUUUUCGGAACAAAAAAUAUCAAAAUGA